AUGGGCCAGAGUUCUUUUCGGCAGCGCUUCAUGCGCCGCUUAGAGGUAAACAGAGACACGGACACGGACGUGGACGCAUACAUCAACAAAGAUACUCGUCCCCUUCCGCCGUCAAGGCGUCCAUACGGUCCGUGGCACUUCGUUGGUCUGUGGAUGGUGACAGGUAGCUUCAACGUCGGCGGUUGGACAACCGGCUCUUCAGUGAUAUCCCUCGGCCUGAAUGUGUGGCAGUCUAUGCUGGCAAUUAUCAUCGCGCAUACGUUCGUCGGCUUCGUAUGCAUCGCAGGGGGCCAUCCCGGCGCGAAAUGGCAUGUUGGAUUCCCCUUCUGGAUGAAGCAAGUCUGGGGCGUCUGGGGUUAUCUCUUCCCUAUGGCGAUUCGAGUGUUCCUUUCAUUCGUUUGGACCGCAACGAAUACCUGGUACGGCGGCCAGUGCUUGAAGGUGUUCUUCACAGCAUUGUGGCCUUCUUAUGCGAAUCUAGACACCAGACUGGCCAGCGGUACCAUGGACGUGUCCGACUUCGUCGCAUUCCUCGUGUUCAUCCUUUCCUGUCUGCCCUUACUCGUCGUGAGUCCCGAGAAAUACCGACGUCCAUUCCUGAUCGCAUCAACUACGGUUGCCACGACUGUCUUCGCUCUCCUCAUCUGGGCCAUGAUACGUGCUGGCGGGGGCGGCGCCCUUCUGUCUGACGUUAGCGGCGUUUCUGGGAUUAAGCCGGCAAAAGGCUCCAAGCUCGGCUGGUCGUUUGUGGCUGCCAUUACGGCAAAUAUCGGUGGAAUCGCCACACAUAUGUUCUCACAAUCGGACUACACGAGAUAUGCUCGCAAGCCUGGCGACCAGGUCCUCGCACAGCUGGUCAUGGUGCCUCUGGGGACCAUAAUCGUUGCGUGCAUCGGAAUCGUCUGCACAUCCUGCGCUGCCCAGCUCUACCCCGAGACCACCAAACUUCUGUGGCAGCCAUAUGCCUUCCUGAGCACCGUUCUCGAAUACGAGAAUAACUCUGGUGCUCGCGCUGGAGUUGCGUUCGCCAGCCUGGCCUUCGUCUUUUCCCAGUAUGGUAUCGUGGUAGCCUCGAAUCUGGUGGUUGCGGGCAUUGAUCUUGCCGCGCUUCUCCCCCGAUGGUUCACGAUCCGAAGAGGUGCUUAUUUCACCAUUGGCUUCGCUUUCGUCAUGCAGCCAUGGCAACUGUUAAACAGCGCGACAAAUUUCUUGACAGUUGUGGGAAGCUUUAACGUCUUCCUCGGCCCGUUCAUGGGAAUCAUGUUCGCCGACUACUUCAUCUUACGGAAAUGCACCAUGAAGCUCACGGACCUUUUUGAAGAGUCUGGCAAGAGCAUAUAUUGGUACUGGCGCGGUUGGAACUGGCGCGCUGCGAUUGCGUGGGUGUCAAGUGUUUGGUGUCUGAUGCCGGGGCUUGUACAGCGCGGUGUUGCCCCCAAAGCGAUUUGGCCUGGUUGGACGCAUCUUUACUGGUUAGCUUGGUUUCUGGGCUGUGUCGUCUCGGGGUCGGUCUAUCUGUGUCUCGAGUAUUGGUGGUCAAUUGCGGACACGAACGCCGUAGAUGAUGAGGACUACUUUGGAACUUUCAGUGAGAUUCCUACACUUUCGGGAUUACCGACAGGCUCCGAAAAUGGUAGCUCCGCUGAAAAGCUGUCUGAGUCUUCGAAGAGGCAGGAAGAAAAAAUAGCCAGAGAAGCUUUAGCGGAAGUUUGA